UGAUGUCCACCUGUCGACAGGUAAGGAGAAUGGGAGUUGUUUGUUGUUGAGUUGUUGAUCGUCCCUAAUUGGAUUACCUCAGUAGAGAGGACACUACGUGGGCACUAAAGAAGGAAAGGGACAAGGUCAGCCUAUCAGUUCUGGGAUUUUAUUAUUUUCUUUUGUCAAAAAAUGUCUCUUUUUAUAAAAAGGGACCAAAUAGUUGCACAUCAAGUGUAUCUACUGGAGCACAAACUGAGGAAUAAAGAGGAGAGAAUACUUGAACUGGAGACAGAGAAUGCUAUUCUUCAUUUAAGACUUUCUGAGUAUGCAGUUCGGCUGGAGGCUCAAGAAUAUGAAGAAGACAGAACAACAACAGAUCAUCAUCAACUCCAGAAGAAAUUAUUCCAAUCUUCUCUUGUAAAGCUCCACACUCAGGUCCAGGGUAUAAAACAGGUCCUGAGUGAGGUCUUUGCAGUCUUUGUUAAUUCUGCUUCUGAACUGGAGGAGCAGAACAAGCAGCUGCUGCAGAAAGUUAAGGAGGCCGGCUCCUGUCUGAAUGAUCCCAAUGGAAAGGAGCUACAGAAUUUGGAGGCUCGAGUCGCAGCUCUGGAGCGCUCCCUGGAGGAGGAAAGGGAAAGGUACAGGGGAGAGAGGCAGAGGAGAAAGGAAAUACACAAUGCUUUAGUGGAACUGAGAGGGAACAUCAGGGUUCACUGCAGGGUGCGACCAGUUCUACGUUUUGACCAUGUCCAAACUUCGACCCACGGAUCAGGCUCUGCUUCAUCAGAUGUAGUCAUCCAUACAAUCAGUGAUGACGCGGUAGCAGUGAACUGCAUGAAAACUGGAAUGCUAGUGCAACAAAAGAUGUUUGAAUUUGAGAGAGUGCAUGGACCAGAGGACUCCCAGGAAACUGUAUUUGAGGAAGUCAAGUCCCUUCUUACUUCUCUGCUGGACGGCUAUAAUGUGUGCAUUAUGGCAUAUGGGCAGACAGGAAGUGGCAAAACUCACACCAUGAUUGGAUCCCAGUCUCUAGAGGCAAAACUUGGAAUCCUGCAGGAAUCUCAGGAGGGCAUCAUCCCCAGAGCUUCGGCUGAGCUCUUUCGGCUGAUCUCAAAGAAACCAGCCGAAAGUCACACGGUGGAGGUGUCAGUGAUGGAGGUGUAUAAUAACGAGGUGUAUGACCUGCUUGCCAGAGACGAACAAGGACGCUUUAUCAGCCAACGCCGAGAUGUCCUCACAACCUCUUCUGGGACCAGCCAGGUCCCCAACCUCACAUAUGAACCGGUGAAUAAUGCGUCUGAGAUCAUGCAGAUUCUGGGUGGUGUCUUGAAGCGCCGGGUGAAGUGUCCGACACUCAUCCACGCCGACUCAUCUCGUUCUCAUCUAGUUGUCAGCCUCACCGUUUCCACAAAGUCCCCAAAUGCCUUGGCCUUAGUCCGCAGGUUACAGACGGCUAAAAAGGACAUGGAGAGCUCCUCCUGUAAGCAGUGGUGGAGUCCACGCUGCCGCCGUGCAAACCCUCCAACCACGCACUCGUCUGAUGAACUGACUCUGAGCUCAGCUUCCUCUUCCUGUCCCUCUCCAUCAUUUUCUCCCUGCCCCUCUCCCAAAAAUAGCAUCUCAUCAGCGACUACAUACAGGACAAAGCUGCAGCUGGUGGACCUGGCAGGGAGUGAAUGUGUUGGUAUGACUGGAGUGUCGGGAGCGGCUCUGUGGGAGGUGUCAUGCAUUAACCGAAGUCUCUCGGCUCUUUCUGAUGUUCUUGGAGCUCUUGCUGAGCAAAGACCCCACGUCCCCUACAGGAACAGCAAACUCACCCACCUGCUGCAGGAUGCCAUUGGUGGUGAUGCCAAACUGCUGGUGAUGCUGUGCGUGUCUCCCACACAGUGCUUUGUUACAGAGUCCCUGCAGUCACUUGCUUUUGGCACAAGAGUCCGUCAGGUCCAGAAGGAGAGACCCCAAAGAAGAACUAACACUCUAAAAAUGAAAUGAUAAAACACAGCAGGAUUCAUCUCUGCGGAUACAUAUCCUGCUGUCUGGAGGAACUGACAAAAAGAUGAACGAUCAAAGAUUCACACCUAUAGAUUUUGCCACUGCUAAAACAGCAUCCAUAUUGACAGCCUUACAACGGAAGUUUCUCUUAAAUGACUGAAGUAUGAACCUUUUAGCAGAUAAAGGGGUCAUUGCAACAACCAGAAGUGCAAAUCUUGAACAACAUGAGCAGUUUACACCAUAUCAAUCAGCAAAUUAUUCGCUAAAACCUGUACCUUAUGUAUGUUUAUGGAAUAAGGAUUUACAGUUUACAGCUUUUUAAUGUAGUCCGAUUUUACUUACAUUCACCUGAUAAAUGUUUUACAUUCUAGUACUAUUACAUGCAGAGGUGACUGUACCAAUAAGAGUUUAUUGAUGUAAGGAUGAUGGUAGAAAUAUUAGAAAUA